GCACACUUCAAUUGCAAGUCACCCGGGCCAGUGUUCGUUCAACCAUACUUACUGAUUAUCGUGUACAACCUUGACUUGAAUGUCUGCCAACAGUAGGGUCGUGCCAGGUUAAAAGCGAGCUCAGGCCUUCAUAUUUUUCUUUCCGAAGUUCACUUUUCCGAGUCUCUCCUACUCUCCUACCUUAGGCCUCGUCAUGGCCAAUAGUAACGCUGGUGCCACCCCACAAAAGACACCUUUCCGUGCUAACACUUCAUUCUCCACUGAGGCUGGGAUCAAGUCUACUCCACGAGCAAUCUAUUUCGUUAUCGCCAGUGAAUAUGUCAACACUGUAGGCAUUCAAGUCGAUACUGUACGCCCAUGGAUUGGGCGAGACGUCCAUAAGUUCGAGAGAUUUAAGACGGACGCUGUACUACAGGGGCUGCAUGCAAGAUGCACAGGCUUUAAGCAGAUAUCCGAGCCUGAGCUCAUAUUUUCGGGCGAAGUGAUGGCCAAGGAUAUGCGAAUCGACCUCGAAUUGGAUUUGAAGUUUGACAAGUGCACGACUCGUAUUGGUAAUGUGACCACCGUUUUUCUAGUUAGGAGCAAGGCGCUAUUGGGUCUCCAGCUGGAUCCCCAUUGUGAGCCCUAUUGGCCGGGAGACAAACAUCAGAACGAGCCAGUUCCAGUUACCCUUGACAAGGUCUGCAAGAUUGCGCAAAUAGAUCCUGAUGCAUCGGGCCACACCCCAGUGUUUGUCUGGUCUCACAAGUUUAAAGGAUCAUCCACGUACAAAGUCAGAAUCUUACCAGGACUGAAGGCCGUCGAACUGGUCAAACCAAACAGCGGCCAUGUCUUGACUAUCAUCGUAUCCAGAAAGCUUAUCACUAUCACAACGCUUUCUGGCAAGGAGUUCCUUGCCGCGUGGUGGGAAGUUGUGAAGUGUCACCACGCCCCUUGGAAGAUUGUGCAUCACCGGGAUGUCAGCCCCAGCAAUCUCAUGGGGUACCGCCUACGCGGUAAAUUUACAGCUGUUCUGAACGACUAUGACUUAUCGUCGUUUAAACGUGAUGGUCCCACCGGCCUCGAGCGCACGGGAACGGUACCAUUCAUGGCGGUAAACCUUCUCACGCCAAGAGCCAUAGCAGGCGAGGUCGAGCACGUGUACGCGCAUGAUGCUGAAUCGUUCAUCUGGGUCCUCACCUGGAUCUGCCUUCGGUAUGAAGGUGGCAAGCUCCUCAGCAAAAACAGACCACUAGAAGAAGAAUGGCUGAAAUUGGAUGCUUUCACAUGCGCAGAAAAAAAGUCCCACUUUUGGACAGUGAAUUUCUGUGAUGCGCGUCCAUCUGAAUCGCACAAAGCGUCCUGGGGCCUUGUAAAGAGAUGCUUUUCGGGGAUCCAGUCGCUUUAUACUCUUAAUGGGUACUGCAAACUGGCUGAUCAACUGGCAUUCGAGUUGUUACUUGAGGGACCUAUGCUGGAGCAUGACGGUCAGUCAUCUGCCAAGUAGGGUAGGUAUAAUUGUAGUUGAGGUAGCGUGCCUCCGCAGUUAUGCGACGUCACUUUGUAAAUGAACCAGAAGCGGUCUUGGGGACUUUUCAAUGAAUUUAGAUGCCACUUGUAUUC